GCUCGGCGCUGCGCAGCAACUCUUCCAGGAACCGCCUGGCACCCUGGGCGGUGGACUCCGGCUGCGGUGCGCCCCGUCUGCUCCUCCCAGCCUGGCUCCGGGGCGUGUCCUGCCUACCUCGGGCUCACAGUGGUCCGCUCAGCCGGCUCUGGCGGCGGCGGCGGAGCGGCGGCUGCAGGAGCCGGAGCCGCCCGGGAAGCAGCGGUGGCCGCGGCCGGCACCUGUGCGGCGGGAGCAGGAGGAGCUGGGGUAGGGUGGGUGGCAGCGGCUCCGAGCCACCAGACGAGCAGGCACCUCCCCACUGGGAUCCUGCUGUUCCCAUCAGCCUCCGGCUGGCUGGCAGGAAGGUAGCCCCGCUCCGGGGACACUAGUGUGGGCAAGCAUGUGCAGCCACAGCUAGAGGCCUCGGGACAGGCUAACCUGUGGUCCAAGAGUAGAAAGGAGAGGCGAGGGGUGCCCUGGACCAUGGCAGCCUCCCGCCUGGACUUCGGGGAGGUGGAAACUUUCCUGGAUAGGCACCCCGAGUUAUUUGAAGAUUACUUGAUGCGGAAAGGGAAGCAGGAGCUGGUGGACAAGUGGCUACAAAGGCACAGUUCGGGACAGGGGGCUUCAGGCCUGAGGCCUGCCCUGCCCGGCGCUGGCAGAGGCAGCACCGGCGUGGGUGGAGGUGCUGGACCCCAGGGCUCUGCCAACAGCCACCCCACGCCCGGUGGUGGGGAAAGUGCUGGGGUUCCCUUGAGUCCCAGUUGGGCCAGUGGCAGCCGGGGUGAUGGCAGCCUGCAGCGAAGAGCUUCGCAGAAAGAGCUGCGGAAGAGCUUCGCCCGUUCCAAAGCCAUCCACGUGAACAGGACCUACGAUGAACAGGUGACCUCGCGGGCCCAGGAGCCCCUGAGCAGUGUCCGGCGGAGAGCCCUGCUCAGGAAGGCCAGCUCUCUGCCCCCCACCACAGCUCACAUCCUCAGUGCCCUCCUGGAAUCCAGGGUGAACCUGCCUCAAUACCCCCCUACGGCCAUCGACUACAAAUGCCACCUCAAAAAGCAUAACGAGCGCCAGUUUUUCCUGGAGCUGGUUAAGGAUAUCUCCAAUGACCUUGACCUCACCAGCCUAAGCUACAAGAUCCUCAUCUUUGUCUGUCUCAUGGUGGACGCUGACCGCUGCUCUCUCUUCUUAGUGGAGGGGGCGGCCCCUGGCAAGAAGACCUUGGUCUCCAAAUUUUUUGAUGUGCAUGCAGGAACCCCACUGCUCCCCUGCAGCAGCACAGAGAACUCAAACGAGGUGCAGGUCCCCUGGGGCAAAGGCAUCAUUGGCUAUGUCGGGGAACAUGGAGAAACAGUCAAUAUUCCUGAUGCCUACCAGGACCGCCGAUUCAAUGAUGAAAUUGACAAGCUAACUGGCUACAAGACGAAAUCACUCUUGUGCAUGCCUAUCCGGAACAGUGACAGUGAGAUAAUCGGUGUGGCCCAAGCAAUAAAUAAGAUUCCGGAGGGUGCUCCAUUUACAGAAGAUGACGAAAAAGCUAUGCAGAUGUACCUGCCCUUCUGCGGAAUCGCCAUAGCUAAUGCUCAGCUCUUCGCUGCCUCGAGGAAAGAAUACGAAAGGAGCAGGGCUUUGCUCGAGGUGGUCAAUGACCUCUUUGAAGAACAGACUGACCUGGAAAAGAUCGUCAAGAAAAUAAUGCAUCGGGCCCAAACGCUGCUGAAAUGCGAACGCUGUUCGGUUUUACUUCUAGAAGACAUUGAAUCGCCAGUGGUGAAGUUUACCAAAUCCUUUGAACUGAUGUCCCCAAAGUGCAGCGCUGAUGCUGAGAACAGUUUCAAGGAAAGCAUGGAGAAAUCAUCUUACUCUGAUUGGCUGAUAAACAACAGCAUCGCUGAGCUCGUUGCUUCGACGGGCCUUCCUGUGAACGUCAGCGAUGCCUACCAAGACCCGCGCUUUGACGCUGAGGCGGACCAGAUAUCUGGUUUUCACAUAAGAUCGGUUCUCUGUGUCCCUAUUUGGAACAGCAGCCACCAAAUAAUUGGGGUUGCUCAAGUGCUGAACAGACUUGAUGGGAAACCUUUUGAUGAUGCAGACCAACGGCUUUUUGAGGCUUUCGUCAUCUUUUGUGGCCUUGGUAUCAACAACACAAUUAUGUAUGAUCAAGUGAAGAAGUCCUGGGCGAAGCAGUCUGUGGCUCUUGAUGUGCUGUCCUACCACGCCACGUGUUCCAAGGCGGAAGUCGACAAGUUUAAGGCAGCCAACAUCCCCCUGGUGUCAGAGCUGGCCAUUGAUGACAUCCAUUUCGACGACUUUUCCCUUGACGUUGACGCCAUGAUCACGGCUGCCCUCCGGAUGUUCAUGGAGCUGGGAAUGGUACAGAAAUUCAAGAUUGACUAUGAGACCCUGUGCAGGUGGCUUCUGACAGUAAGGAAAAACUAUCGGAUGGUUCUCUACCACAACUGGAGACAUGCCUUCAACGUAUGCCAACUGAUGUUCGCCAUGCUGACCACGGCUGGGUUUCAAGAGAUUCUGACCGAGGUGGAAAUUUUAGCGGUGAUUGUGGGAUGCCUGUGUCAUGACCUCGACCACAGGGGAACCAACAAUGCCUUCCAAGCUAAGAGUGACUCAGCACUGGCCCAGCUCUACGGGACCUCGGCGACCUUGGAGCACCACCAUUUUAACCAUGCCGUGAUGAUCCUUCAGAGUGAGGGUCACAACAUCUUUGCUAACUUGUCCUCCAAGGACUACAGCGACCUCAUGCAGCUCCUGAAGCAGUCGAUACUAGCCACGGACCUCACGCUGUACUUUGAGAGGAGAACUGAGUUCUUCGAGCUUGUCAGUAAAGGAGACUGUGACUGGAGCAUCAAAAGCCACCGUGACGUGUUUCGAUCAAUGUUAAUGACAGCCUGUGACCUUGGAGCCGUGACCAAACCGUGGGAGAUCUCCAGACAGGUGGCUGAACUUGUAACCAGUGAGUUCUUUGAACAAGGAGACCGGGAGAGGUCGGAACUCAAGCUCACUCCCUCUGCUAUUUUUGACCGGAACCGGAAAGACGAACUGCCUCGGUUGCAAUUAGAGUGGAUUGAUAACAUCUGUAUGCCUUUGUAUCAGGCCUUGGUGAAGGUCAACGCAAAACUGAAGCCGAUGCUGGAUUCCGUGGCUGCCAACCGAAGGAAGUGGGAAGAGCUGCACCAAAAAAGACUACAGGUCUCUGCUGCCUCCCCAGCCCCCGCCGUUCUCGCAGUGGCCGCAGGGGAGGACAGAGUGUAAGCCAGCUAGAGCUGCUGCGCAACCCUGCAGCCUGGGGGGUCCCAGCCUGGAGGCAUCUGCCUCAGCUCAGCCCCAUCAUCACCCUCUUCACUCAGACAGUCCUAGAGCUUUGACUACACCGGGAAGCGCACCGGAAACUGGGCGUGGCAGCACAGGAACAGAAGGAUGGAGGGAGGCAGAGAACCUGAGCCUCGGCUUCUGGUGGUGGAGCCGCACUGCUGGAUCUGGACCCACGAACCUGAGGGCCAUCAGCCCCACUGGUUCUGAGCUGAGGGGACACCAUGGUAAAAGUGUCACUAUGGCUGCUUCCUACGGCGCUUUUCUGUCAUGAGCACUUUCUUUCUUGGCAGGCUCUCCCGGAGGAGGCUUUUGUGCGAGAGUCCAGAUUUGCAUCCUAGGUGUUUUAUUUCUAAUCCCACUGCUUCUUAGUGAUGCGCCAGACCCUUGGUCUCCUGGGCCUGAGGGUAACCUGCUCCCCUGAAUAGAGCCAGCUGACCCCAAUCUUCCCACUGGGUCCACAGAGGAACAUAGUGUGUUUGUCUAGCUGGUGUUUCACAGGGUCUGUGACCCUGCAGUGAGGUAGAUUGUGGUUCGCCUUUUCAGUCUUUGGAUUCAGCCUUCAUUGUAAACAAAGUCUUUUUAUGGGACUGCCCACGGACCCGCUUGAGGUGAAAAACUGGGGGGAGAAAAUUUAAGGUACCUCAGUUUUACAUUUUUCCUUACAUGCAAAAAAGAUUGUUCUAGAAAGGUCUAGGAAUAACAUCUGCACAACCUGUAUCAUCUAGGCGGUCAGGUCGCUAGCAGGUGAAAGCCAACGUGUAGGCAAAUGUGACAAGAAAGCUACUCUGAUGCCCAUGUCACCAGAGACGCUAAGGACAGGAUCCGCCUUACCCAAAGAACGCUGGACUUGCUGCCCCUCACUAUGUGUCAUUAGCUGAGAGAUUCUGGACAGGUCAUGACAGAUUCAUGUUUCCCAAACUGUCAAGUGAGGUUACACCAGGAACUUAUUUGCAGAAACCUUAGCAUUAAAAUCCUUUGUCCAAACAGACUUUCAAGGACUCCCCAGGGCACACGAAUAGCUAAAAGCUGAAAUCCUAUGUCUGAAGCAGGCCUUGGGUAUCCAGAAGCCACACAAAUCAUCCUCUCUUCGUAUACACACACACACACACACACACACACACACACACACAUGCACACACGCACACACGGUGCUCCACAGAGAGUCAGAGCACUCUGGAAAUCCCUGGGUGACAUGAGGGUCAGCCCAGCUCCGAACAAUAGAAAACUUACAAAACUUUUUUUUUCCUUAACCCUUAACUUACAAAACAUUUUUUAUCUUGCUUCUUCAGAGCAGUAUCAGUUCUAAACUUCACUCAAAUCCGAAAGACAAAGAGGUCAGACUUCACAGGGGACUUGCUUUCUGGGUGUUUAGGAGAUGUCUGAUGAUGGGGGGAGUAAAACGAAGGUGGAGUGGGCUGGCGAUCAUCAGCAGGAAGGCAGUCUUCUUGUAGCAAGAAACAAUAAGAUUAUAGACCAGGCACAGGGUGGGGCUAGAGGGAGAAUUCAGGACCAAGGCAGAUGGUUAAGACGAACCGGCUACGGAGAGGUGAAAGUCAGUCCAAAGAAAAACAGCACCUCCAGCCCAAAAUAAAAAGAGGGUGCUGAUUCCUGUCAUCAAUUGAGCAGGAAAGAGAAACAAUUACACGGGCAGAGGCAUGACAAAGGAGAGAAGAGAGGUGUGUGUGCAUUGAGAAAUAAUGUUACUGGCUGCCCUUUACAGCUGUGUCUGUGGGGAAGGUGGAGAGACUGCAGGGGGAAAUGAGCGCAGGGAAAAAAAAAAAAAACAACCUCUGCAGAGCAGGUAAGAGAGGCUGUUCAGAUUUAUGGAUUUUAUUAAGCCAGUUUUCUGAAUCACUCUGCUAUAAAGGAAAAUAGCUUCUGCCGAGCUGUCUCCUCCUCCUUCAGGUGAAGGACAAAGGGUGGGUGGAGCUAGGAACAGACCCGAGGUCUGUGGAAACACAGCAGGUGUCUCUGGGUACUGCAGCCUGGGAAUCAGGAAUCUGGGACUGUUCAUAUGAGGCUGCCGUGAGCCCACAUCUGUUACCCUUCCUAACAAUAAAUAAAAAAUAACCAGAAAAUGGAGGCCAGUCCGUCUACAUUAAAAGAAUUCCAGUGGUGUGUUUUAUGAUAAAACCGGACCCAGCGUCUUCCGGAGACUGCAGGCAGCAAGACAGCAGCUCCCCUCCCCGCCCUGAAUGUUGAUGCUACAUAUUGCUGAGGGGGACAUAAUUUAUAGCACAAACCCUACGGCUUCCACUAAGGUUGAGUUUUCCUCUCAUCUCCUUGCCUUUUUAUUGGCUUCGCUGCACGGUUGCCAGUAGCAACAUCCACUGGUAGCAAAGGGAGUUCAACACCAUUGCAGUCUGCCAGACAGCGGAGCCCUGACAAUGUCAACCAUCAAUCAAAUAGCUGUUUGUAAUUGCCUCCAUCUAUUUCUCCUGUCGCAAGGUAUCUUUCCUAUUGUGGGUCAAGAUUCAGAAACUGCUGACUAAUGCCCAGGGUCUGUUUCUCCGUGACUAUGGAGAAAUGGCAGAGAGGGUGGUAGCCUUCCUGGUGCCAAGCCCUAGAGGUUAGAGCUUGGAAUUCCUGGCCUUGAAGGUAUUUUUUUUUUUUUAUCCCUUGUAAAACAAAUUCUUUCCCAUGAACAUGAAUUAUGUGCCAUCCUGUAGUCUGCUUCUCCAAGGCACAGAGAAGGGAACUUCCCAAUCCUUAUUUAUUGCUGCUGCUUCUUGCUGAAGGAAGGUAUUUGAAAUGUGAGCCUUCUGCAAAAUAAAAUUCAAGCAGACAAGAUUUUCUUCUUCCUCGGGCCUCUGGGCAUCAACGGCUGAGAUGACUCCGUCCUACUUUUGUAUGAGAUGUAUUUUUUCAGAAAUUCUAUUUCUUCAUACUAGUGAGCAUGAGUAUGUGCAUAAUCUACAACACAGCUGGAGAUCCUGGUGGGUGAGGGCAGCUUGGCAACCCGCCAAAGGUACCAGCACUCAGCAGAGCAGGACCCCAUCUUAGCUGGCUGCCAAUGGGCCUACCAACUCUGCAGCUCUGCAGGGUUCUGUCUGUUAAAUAAAAGCACCAACCUUUAUUCAGUUUCUGCUUCAAAAGACCAAGCUAUGCUUUGCUUUGGAAAAUUCAUCCAGGUAAUUUUCUUUCUACUUCUUAAAUGAAAUAGAAGAAAACCUGAGAGUCAUCUUCUCGCUGAAGAGUGUAAAAAUUUAUAAUUUAUAUAUAGGGGAGCAGACACAAAACAACCUUCCGACCCACCAUGUGAGGCUGCUCCUAAUAAAGGUGAGUGAGAACGUCGUCAACGCCUGUUUGUGUGCAUUCUAUUACGUCAUAAUGAACAGCUUUAGAUAAUUCCAUAACAUGGAAUUUAUAAGGAGAGUCAAUUUAUAAGGAGAGUCAAAAAAAAAAAACAAGAAAAAAAAACCGCACACGAGUUUCCCGUUUCUGAAAUCUGAAGGCCUGCAUGCUUCCAAGUACUUUGGGAUUGCAAAUACGUUGGAUUUAAAAUGAUCUCGGCCUGUUUUUAGCAGCACCAUAGCUGUAGUGUGUCACUGGAAUUCAGCUGCCUUCUCUGUGUAUCAAAACUAAGCACACGUUAGUGACGUAAGUCAUCAGACUGACUCUACGCCAUUUACUUUGCAGUACAAUAACCCACUUCUCUUACUGACCAUUGUGAGUUACAAAAAGACCAAAAAAAAACCAAACCAAUCAUGACCACCUCCACUAAUAGAAACAAUUUCUGUCAAGCGCAGCAGAAAUCUAAACAUGUCUGAGAAGAAAUUCAAACAUAAAGAAAAAUGUGUUGGCACGGGGGUAGGGAGUGACAGAUUCAUUAAGGCAACGGGAUGUUUCCUAACUUGGCACCCUGCGAGCUCUGACAUGCGUUAGUGAAUUCCCUCUCUGUUUCAUGGUAACAGUCUGGAGUUGUUAUUCUGCCGAGUGCUGUCCAGAGCUCCCAAACCCCAAAGGAAUUUAGAGGUUCAGUCUGGCUACUGGAAGUCCAAAGGGUCACAUGCUUCCUACGUCAGCAACUCUCAAACUGUGGGUCAUGACCCUUUGGGGAGUCACACAUCAGACAUCCUGCAUAUCAGAUACUUACAGUUCAUAACAGGAGCAAAGUUACAGUUAACGGAGUAUCGACAAAAAUGAUUUUAUGGUUGAGGGUCACCAGCACAUGAAGAACCGCAUUAAAGGGUCACGCCUUAGGAAGGUUGACACUGUCCUACGAGAGCAAUAGCGGAACUCGGAAGGCAGAACUAAAACAAGGUGUCCCUGGAGCACUCCAUAAAGGGCUUUAGAUUUGUUCCCAGUGUCCUGCUCAGGCUGUCUGUGUCACACACACGCACACACCCCCCCCCAGCUGGUGAUUUUAGGUUGCACGUACUUUGAUUUUGAAUGUCCCUGCAUGUUUGUACAACUCUCAGCAGCACUAAAGGCAAACUGUUCAUCUGUGUAUUGAGCUGCACCAACCAACGUUUCCUAAUGUACACACUGGUGCAAAAAUGCCUGUUUUGUUAAGUAAAUGAACUACUUGCUAUGAGGGGGGAAGAAGUGUGUUCUUUGAGGCCAUCAUUUGUCUGCAUUCAUCUCUGUGUCUUUGUGUGUUUUGGACUGCUCGUUUUUCUUUUGCUCUAGUGUAGAUUUAGAGUAAAUCAUAUUUAGAGCAAUUUUCAAGCAUAACACACUGUGGAGAUAGAAGUCUAGUUUAUUGAGCCCCAUUCCCUUGGAGGGCUGUUGCUUUUGCCAUUUUAUUUUGAUUUACAAUAAUUUAAAAAGGGUCCCCUACUGACUUGUUUCCUAAUUAUCGUUGUUUUACACAAAAGAAGGGAAGUAUGUUGUCGUUUGGGUUGUGUGAAGCCCUUCUCUUUGUGUUGUUUCCAGGCUCCUACUGUUCUGUAAGAACACUUGGUUUAAUGCUGCUUGGCCAUUUCAGAAGCAGCUACACAUGGCUUUGAAACAGGCUGCUGUAAGAAAACAAAGACUUCUUGUUUUUAAUA